AUGGACGCGGUGGAGGUGACAGCCGCGCGCGAAGGGUCGCCUUCUCCUCAGGAUGCUCCGCUGCCGCCCCAGGACUUGGCGAGGGCCCAGCUGCUGGUCUCGGUGGCCGUGGCCCUGCUCGUGCUCCUCGCCUCGUGUCUCCGUGAGUGCCGGCCUCCUUUAGGUGGCAGGGGAGGCGAGCGCCACUGCCUGCGGGGGGAAGAGCUGCCUGCUCGCAGAGCUCACGCCACCGCCCAGUCAGGCUCUGUGCCUUUAAGAGCCGCGUGGCAGGCAGAAGUUAGUCAGGUGUAGCUUUCCGCAUGGCUGCAGCUUCACGCUGGGAAAAGGCGCCUGCUGAGGAGCUGCCUGUCCUGCAGUUCUUACUAAAGACACCGAGCCUCUUAGGGAUCCGAGAUCGUCUUCUUUCGUAGGAAUUGCGCCUGCUCCGUAAGAAGACUCUUAACGCAGAAUGCAGUGGUUCUUAUUUCCAAAGAACUGCAGUUCAUUUGCAUGUUAUAUAACCGAAAUUUAAAAGUCUGGACUGGAGUUGUAACAUUUAGUGUCACAGUUAUUAUUAGCUGGCAUUUCUGCCGUGUUUUAGUGUGUUCUAAAGGCUCUACGGCAUUGCGUUCCUGUAGGCCUUACUUAACAACAAUCCCGUCAAGGGGGUUAAUAUUAUUAUUAUCCUCAUGUUGCUAAAGUGGGACUGAAGAUGUGUGACACAGGUGGGCUGUGACUUGCAUAAGCCCCCAGGGAGGGUUCAUAGCAGAGGCAAGUUUCAAACUGGGGGUUGUUAGUGUGCCCUUUCUUGCCAUGCCAGAUAGAGGAGGAGGAGUUGGGCAGGGGUGUGUGUGUGGCUUUUAUAAAAUUUUGUACGUUCUCACGGGGCUUAUACUGGUUGGAAGUUUAAUGCAAAUGUUUACAAUAAGUAAGUUAGUUAAGCAGGGCAAUUACCAUCCUGGAGCUGGGACAGCAAUCAGGCCUGAUGUCAAUGAGUGACAGCUGUGGGGCUAGUAGGUGAUCCACUAGAUCUCAAGCUGCCUUAUGGUAGGAUGACUGAAUUCUGUGGCAGCAGAGUGGCCCUGGUAUCACCCUCCACAUAGAGGCCAGUAAGGCAAAAUCCAAGGCGCCUCAAGCCUGGUGCAAUUGGUGGUGGUGGGGGUUGGGUUGUAGUUGUAGUCCCUCUCCCUUUCAGCUCCCCUUCAGCUGGUCCCAACCAGGGCACAUGUGCUGUGAUCAUCUUUAAUGUGCUAUGCCUGAAAUCACAUCCUUUAUAAAUCAGACGAUAAUGAAUUUGCCCAUGUUUUCUGUCAUGAUAAAUCAGGUGCAUCUUUGCUAUAUUGUAUACUACUAAGGUUGUAGUGUAAACACAGUUACCAGACAGUAGGCCCCAUUGAACAUAGUGGGGCUUACUUUUGAGUAAAACUAUAGAAGCUGGGCUGCUACAAAGAAAGAUGGUAGAAAUAGAUAAAGGCAAACUUUACUGUGAGGUGUAAUGUUAUUUGUGUGGAUGUAUAAAUGUGUUUGGCUGUUCUGAGAAAUGAAUUUCCUAUGUCGGAUAUAGGAGAAAUGUAUACAUCAUUAUGACCCCAAAAUGUUUGCAUCCUUUUUGUACAAAACUUAAAGCAGCAUUAAGACUUAAUUGGAGGAGGCAUGGAUUAAAUAGCUUGUUUUAAUGGUAGAAAAUUAAGUUGCCUUGGGUAUAAGCCUAAAUACACUCCUCUAAGUUUUAUCCUUCUUUCUAGUGAUUUGGAUAUUUGUGCGGACCAGAAAGAGCAGCCGGAGAGCAGUGCUUCUGGUGGGUCUGUGUGACUCAGGGAAAACUCUUCUGUUUGUUAGGGUAUGUGAAUUCCUGUUUCAGUUUCUUUUGGACAGUUUCUCAGACCUAUACAGUGUUGUCAUGUUCCCGUUCUUUUUAAUAAAGGAGAACUCCUUAGGUUGUUCCCUCUUGUUUUCAAAGCUGUCUGAGAUGUAAGGUAUGAAAAAAUUAAAUGUUUUCUGAUUAAGUUUUUUGGCACUUCAUUUUGUAAGGUAAAGUAGAAGCAUGGAGUACUAACUUACACUGUUAAAUUAGUUGUUAAUGUAGCUCAGUAAGGUAAAGGGACCCCUGACCAUUAGGUCCAGUCGCGGACGACUCUGGGGUUGCAGCGCUCAUCUCGCUUUACUGGCUGAGGGAGCCGGCGUUUGUCUGCAGACAGCUUCCGGGUCAUGUGGCCAGCAUGACUAAGCCGCUUCUGGCCGUUUACCUUCCCGCCAGAGCGGUACCUAUUUAUCUACUUGCACUAUGAUGUGCUUUCGAAUUGCUAGGUUGGCAGGAGCAGGGACUGAGCAACAGGAGCUCACCCCAUCAUGGGGAUUCGAACUGCCAACCUUCUGAUCGGUAAGCCCUAGGCUCAGUGGUUUAGAGCACAGCACCACCCGCGUCCCGUAGCUCAGUAGUAGGCAGCAUAUAUGAGAUGCAGAUAUAUUUGUAAAAAAAUGUUUUGUCAAAGGUAUCAGGGUAUUUGUCAGGGUAUCUACUGAUAUAUUCUGUUUCAGAUUAGUUUUGUUGGAUUAAAUGGUUAGAUUAAGAUUCAAGGGACUAUUUUUUUUAAAAAAUAAAUAAAUGGCUCUUUCCAACUUUCUUUCUUUUUUUUAAAUGAUAUUUAUUGAAAAUUUUUUAACAAUUACAAGAAAAAGACAAAACAGAAAAAGAAAAAGAAAAAAACCCCAUCAUUCUCAAAUUCUCCACUUUCAUUACCUUCUUUCUUUGACCACCUCCUCCUCCCUUUUCUUGUAUCCUAAUUAAUAAUUUUCGCAGCAAAUCCUUUCCAUAAUUCAUAGUAUUCUGUCGUUACAUUACCUUAAUCUAUUUUCAUCUUAUCUUAUAGAAAACCUUAAAGCUUAAAACUUAAAUCUUAUUUUUACCAACUUCUCAUAACCAUAACAUUCUUACCUAAUUCUUUAAACAUUUUUACAAGAGCCAAGUAAUUUCAUUUCAACAUUUUUCUAACAUUCAUCAAUUUUAUAAAACAAUCCUAAUGGUAAAAAAAGAAAUAAGAACAAUCCAAUCUUCAUCCAGCGUCCCUUCCUCCUGGUCCCGGGUUUUGUCAGUCCUUUUUAUCCCAUUGAUCUAGCACAUUAACCUGGUGAUCUUAUAUCCGAGGCCCUCAAGUCUCUUCCAUGUCCCUUCCACAGCUCUUCUUCAUAUUUUCCUUUCACUCGUGGGAACUCCAGCUUGGUAAUGUUUUUGACCCUUUUCAACAAAUCAGCCCCUUUUCCAUAGUCCAGACUAAACUCCAUGUGGUAUUUGAAGACAUGUUUCAGAUUCCCUCCAAAAUUGAGAGCCCCCACAGCUCCAAACAUCUGACGGCCCAUUGCCAGACUCGGAAAGUCCAAACAUCCCUGCAUGGGGGGGUCAGUCCAACCCCCCAUUUCCAAACCAAACCAAACUUUAUCUUUCCAAAUCUGGUUUUUUCCAAGUUCAUUUGUCAAAUCCAAAGGCUCAUAUUCCUGCAGGGCCGAAAAUCCCUCCCUUUCUGGCGCCCAAGAUUCAGCAGCAUCCUCUUCUCUCAUCUGUUCUGUCAUGGCACACUCCUGUUUUAGUUCCUGGGUGGGCUCCAUAUAGUUUCCCACUACCUGUUCAAAAGUUCUGACCGCAUUAGUCAUCAAAUCCGUCUUCUGACUUAACUGAUCCAAUAGGGCAUUUAUUUUACAGAGAGCACACAACAGAGCUUCUGAAAGCAUUGUCCUGCAAGGUCACAAGUCCUUUCCCACGGUUGUAAUCUGUGGCAGCUGCAAGCUCCCUGGAAUUAGUUACAGUUUCACAGUCCCCCUCUAGGGGGAAAACUUCUGGUUGUUCUUUCUUUUAAGGACAAUAGCAACAAAGUUUCUUUUUUAAGAUAUUUUGUCAAUAUUUGUUCCUUUAAAAUGCGAAAGGAAACAAUGAAAUCACAAUGUUACUCUUCUUUUAGCUAUCUGUCAAAGACAUUUGUCUCUGGUCAAUGAGCUUCAAACGUCAGUUCUGACACCCCGCUCCAGGAUCAGGACGGUGGAAAGUUACUUUGCUUUAGACUCACUUCUGCAGGUUUAAACAGUCCAAAAAAGAUCCCCCUUCUUCUCCUGCUACCGAAGGGGGGUUCAACAAUUUUAAAUGAUGAAAGCCAAUCCUUUGAAAGUAAUUUUCUAAGCUCUAGUUUACGUUGUCUUUGCUUUACUCUGACUACAAAGAAACGGAAGGCUGACUUCCUGUUUAGACCUUCCCGUUUCAGUACCAAAUUGAAGUGAAUUUUUAAGUCCAAUUCCUUUCUGCUCGCCAGUUCUUAUUUAAAGUCCAAUUGUUCAAUGUUUAAGUACUCACGGGUGAUUAUUUUAGAUGCCAAAUUGUCCCAGGAAAAAGGCAGCGCUCUCCGGCAACGGCUAUGCGGCUUCGCUCCACGGAAAAAGCAAUUGACUCACAGCACCGCGCCACUUCCCCCUCUUCGCUUCGGAGCCCGUUAGUGGGUUCCUUUGCGGGUUGGGGGGGCGCUAAGGGUGCCCGCCGAGUCCCACGGUCACAGGCUUCAUCCGCCUGUGAUUUCUAGAAGGGUCCCCGCUUCGCCGUAGCGGAAAAGACCCGUUUCGCACGGAGCUGGUCCCUCCAGUUCAGAGGGAGUCCGCCAUUGCCGAUGGCGCCACCCCGGAAGUCAUCCUGGAGUCCAGCAGCAUCUGGAGGGCCACAGGUCCCCCUUCCUGCAUGGGUGAAUGAGCUAUCUUUCAUUCUCCAUGGGAACACAGUGCAGUGCAGACCACCUAAAUACAGUGGUACCUCGGGUUACAGACGCUUCAGGUUACAGACUCUGCUAACCCAGAAAUAGUACCUCAGGUUAAGAACUUUGCUUCAGGAUGAGAACAUAAAUCGUGUGGCAGCAGCAGGAGGUUUAGACUAUAGUCAAAUCAUUUUAAUUAGUCUGUGAAUAUUUCACUUUCUCUUUCUUUUAUUUUUCUUAGCUAUUAACAGGCAAUUUCCGAAAUACACAGACUUCUAUAACUGAUAGCUCUGCCUUGUACAGAGUAAAUAAUGACAAGGUAAGAAGAUGUAAUGUUUUGUGUUCUGUCAUGUUCCUAGAAAUUGCAUAUAAAGUCAUCAGGGCACAUUCUUAAGAGGAUAUGAUGCAGCAACCUUUCUAAAGCUGAAUACAAAAUUAAAUAAAUCGGUUUAUAACAUUUAUGUGAAAGACUAUAAAUAUUUAUAUGAAAAUGGUGCAUUAAAUAUUUGGAACAAAUAGAGAUUGAUAAUGAUUUAAACACAAGUAAGAGCAUAUGGAUCCAAGCAGAAUACAGUAGACUGAUUGUUACCCUCAGGCUGAAAGAAUCAUGUCUCCCUCAUUAAAUGUUCAUCAAAAUAUUUACUGCUUCUCCUACAGAGAACAAAUGUGACAUUGAUUGACCUUCCAGGCCAUGAGAGCUUGCGUCUUCAGUUCUUGGAUAGGUUCAAGGCUGCAGCUAGGUAUGUAUUGGAGGAAUGGAUAUUUGUACAUUCAGGUUGUAGCCAAAAAGAGCUUUGAUGGUGGUGUGCUGUAUGCAUUUGCUGUAAUUAAACCUGGGCAUCUAUGGGUUGGGGGAGAAUACUUGAGUCGCUACGUCUCCACUGUUCUUCCACAACCUGUAUUUAGGUGCAUGGUAGCUUUGGGGUCAGUUUUUCAAGUCUAGCUAGUCACACAGUCUGCAAGUGCUGGAGACUACUUGGGUGAACUGCUGAGAGUGUAACAUCCGUGUAUUCUCUUUUUGCUAAAGUUGGUGAAAACGUGUCAAAAUAGAAUUGGGUAGGAGACAAACAGCAAAAAUAGAAACAAAAUUUAGAAAGAAAGGAGACGAACUGAGAUGGGGCAAAGAGGGUAAAAUAAAGAGGCAGCAAAGAUGUGGGGCUACAGACGUGGUGCGGUGAGUGGAAAUUUAUUGUGAAAUGACUUUGAUAUAUUCUGUGGGAAACUAUUCAGAGAGGCCUGCAAUGGGGUAGAGAAAUUGGUGCUUUCAGGACAUUGUUAAAGAAUACACUGAAUGAAAAUUGUGCCUCAAUUGUUUUCCCAUGGAUAAUGUGCUAGUGUGGCCCUUGUGAGUUAGCAAUAAUGUAAAAGCAGCCCUUGAAGUAAUUUUGAAUCUUUCAUCCCAGUACAGACAGUAUCAAAGCUUGUGCUCAGAGCAGAAUUCCAGGGCUGCUUGCAUGCAGUUAAACAUUCCAUGGAGGCCAUCUAUUCACUGAUGCUGCUAGCUGUAGAACUAUGCCAUACGAGACCAUGCAUAGCGUACUCUUUUUAUUCCGCAGGGCAAUUGUAUUCGUUGUGGAUAGUGUAGCAUUCCAGCGGGAGAUGAAAGAUGUGGCUGAAUUCCUGUACCAGCUCCUGAUUGACAACGUAGUGCUGAAAAAUGCACCUCCCCUGCUAAUAGCCUGCAACAAGCAAGGUAGUGCAUGUCUGUUUGGAAUAAAAAUCAUGACUGUUGGUAGAUUUUUACAGCAAUUGGCAUUUUUCCAUGUCCUUUUUCUUGCCUAAGACAUGGAGUAUCUGUACAUGUUUCUUUUAUAUGCCAUCCAAAUGAAACUAUUGUACAUUACAUUGGAUAAAUAACCAGGCUGCGCUAUAAAAAAACCUCUAUAGCCUGUAAUCAUCCAGCAGAGACAUCCUUUUACUUGCUGUUCCCAAUCCCUGUUGUAAUAGAAUAUAGCAUUUAUAUUUGUUCAGUUGAUUGUGACUGUGAUAGGAGGUGACCAUUUCAUAGUCUGUUUAUGAAGUAGUCCUGUCAUUUCAUAUUCCUCAACUUCAGAGGCCAACCUGGCUGUGCCAGGACCUACAGCUUUCCUUCUGGCAAUAACCAGGAAUAGAGCCUUUGUGUUGGUGCCCAUAUUCUGGAAUGGUCUCUUCCCCCAAAUAAGCCAUGGUACCAAUACUAUUACAGUUUCAGCAUAAUCUGAAACUUUUUGAUUUGCCUUGGUUUUUGCUGGUUCUUGAUGCCUGUCAUCAAGAGUUUUAAUUCAUUUGGAUUUUAAUUUAAUUUUAAUGUAAUAUUUUAUUAUAUAUUUGUAUAGAACUAUCAAAUUAGUGCAGUUUUGAAUUCUACUCGAAGAACUGAACCGUGGCAUCAACUUGUAAUUUUAUGAAUAUGAGGUGUGACUGCUCUCAAAUUAAGGAAAAAGAAUGGAUUGUGAGAGUGCAUGAUAGUUUUUACUGCCAUGUGUUUUCUUGCUUAACCUGCUCGCUUUCAGUGACUUUUUGCUGACAAGGAUUUUAAAAAGGUAGUUCCAUUCUUUUCCUUGGAGCCUUCAGUUGUCUCUCACUCUGUCAGUUUCCCUUUAUAUAACUGCCAGUGAGGCCUUUGUACAAUGCACUUAGGAAUUCCCAGCAGCAAAAAACCAACAACAACAAAAAACCCUGUAGCAAAAUUGCGGGCUCCUUUUGUGGGUGAAAUAUUCAGUGCCAAAUAACCCAAGGUUUUCCUUCCUUCCUUCCUUCCUUCCUUCCUUCCUUCCUUCCUUCCUUCCUUAGAUGUUACAAUGGCAAAAUCUUCCAAACUCAUACAACAGCAGCUGGAGAGAGAACUGUAAGUUGAAAGGGUUGGUUUGUCAAAUCUCAUUCAUGUGUACGUUGUAUUGUCCAGAAUUCUUGACUGCAUCUGACAUUACAUCUCAUACUUAUUAUCCCCAUAAGCUUCACAGUUCAUUGCAAAAGGAUGACAGGAAGGAACACAGAGCCAAUAAUUUGCCAUGAGAAAUGAAAUGUAUACUAAGGACAGUUCUGACCAUAGUUUCCAAACUGUUCAGAUGCCUGAAGUGGCAGGGAGGGGAUUGCUGAACGGUGACGUAGAAAUCAGUUUAGUCAAAUCAGUUCACGUGUAUCACAUAUUUUUGAAAUACUGCCAUGAUUCAGACAUCUCACUAAUAAUUAGUCAGGUAACAGAUUGCUUCCAGUUCCUCUCCUGUGUCCAGCAGGUGGCAGUAAUAUAACUUGGGUUGGUCAGUUUUAAAUGCGAUCCUGAAAAUACAUUUUCAUCUUUAAUUGACUGGGAUUCUACCUCUUAAAAGGGUGUACACUGAGGGGGGGGGGAGAGUUCUCCCAGUCCCACAGGCCAGUUUCCCCCAAUCUUGCUGUAUCUCCCCCUCUUUACCAAUUCACUGCAUAUGGUUUGCAUUUUAGAAACUGAAUGGUAUAAAAAAUACAAACUAUAUUAUCACAUUAUUCAGUGUGAUAAAAUAGAGCACCCCCAGAAAGAAGAAUAUUGUCGUUGCCAGUUUAAAGUGGAUAUCUCUAAAUAAGAGGGUUGUACAUGUUAGCCUUGGCUUUCACAGUCUUUUUUUGUUUUUCUAAAGUUAAUUUUCUCUUCUCCAACAGCAAUACCUUACGAGUGACCCUCUCAGCUGCCCCAAGCACAUUGGAAAGCACAGGCUCUGGAUCUGCCUCCCAGCUUGGGAAGAAGGGCAAGGAGUUUGACUUCUCCCAACUGCCCAUGAAAGUGGAAUUUAUUGAAUGCAGUGCCAGAGGAGGCAAGGGAGAGGAGGGUAGUGCUGAUAUUGAAGACCUGGAAAAAUGGCUAGGAAAAAUUGCCUGA